AUGCCUGUAAGCCUCCACAUCAGCAACAGGACACGCUCCGUGAUCCAUGGAAUCCUUUUCGAAUAUGUUGUCGAGGCGGCAGCUGUCUUCAUUCAGCUCGCAAUUGGCUUUUGUGCAAAUAUCGCCGCUGUCACCAACAAGUCCCACCCCGACACUAGUUGGAUCUGGGGGUCUGCGACCAUGAUCGCUACUUAUUUGUCUGGCAAUGUAUCUUGCGCCCACCUCAACUCAUCUAUCACUAUUAUGCUUUGGUUCUACCGCGGCUUCCCUAAACGAAAAGUCCCCAGAUACUUGGGCGCUCAGUUUCUAGGGGCUUUCUUAGCUGCCAUUGCUGCGUAUAGCCUCUGCUACCAAUCCAUCGAGCGUUACCUCACUACGAGCUCGGAAAAUCUGAUAGUGUCCAGUUUCGUGGCCGUUCAAUAUGCAGUGGGGAUCGGGCCUGCGACCGUGUUUAUAACCGAGUUCAUGGGAGCUCUUUUCCUGGCUGUCAUGGUUCUAGCCGUUGACGACAAGAGUCCUAGCACCGGUAUGAGAUCAAUCAUUUUUGGCCUUGUGGUCGUGUGUCUUCACGCUGCCUUCGCCUCCCAAACUGAAGCUGUGUUCAAUCCAAGCCGAGACCUCGGGACCCGGCUUGCCUUAUUGGCACUAGGCUACGACAGUGACUUGUUUCGGAAUGUCACUUGCCUCUGCUGGUCUUAUCUGGGAUCAAUUAGCGGUGCCUUGAUUGGAGGUCUGCUGUACGACUUGGUCUUUGUUCUAUGA